AUUGGCGCUUUUUAUCGAGUUGGUACAUUCCGAAAUCUAAUCGAGAAGUCGUUUCGAAUCUGCAUCAGCGUGAGAAGCACGUAGGAAAUGAGCGGAAUAAAGUAUUGAUCCAAUAUUCGUCGUUACGUUCACGUUUUCGUGACAUGGCGUCAUACGCUUGGUAACGCGAGCAUGACGAGCACUAAAACCAACCAAAAUGGCGGCCCUUGAUUUUACUGCGUCAUGCAAGCAGCUGUGAUCUCCAGCCAGAGCACCAUGCAGAUUUUCGUGAAGACGUUGACCGGGAAGACCAUAACUCUGGAAGUCGAGGCUUCUGAUACCAUUGAGAACGUAAAAGCAAAGAUCCAAGAUAAGGAAGGCAUCCCACCUGAUCAGCAGCGUUUGAUCUUCGCCGGAAAGCAACUUGAAGACGGUCGUACUCUCUCUGAUUAUAACAUUCAAAAAGAAUCAACCUUACAUUUGGUUCUUCGUCUACGUGGUGGAAUGCAAAUCUUUGUCAAAACCCUGACGGGAAAAACUAUCACGUUGGAAGUUGAGGCAUCAGAUACGAUCGAAAACGUCAAAGCCAAAAUUCAGGACAAGGAAGGCAUCCCACCUGAUCAGCAGCGUUUGAUCUUCGCCGGAAAGCAACUUGAAGACGGCCGUACUCUCUCUGAUUAUAACAUUCAAAAAGAAUCGACCUUACAUUUGGUUCUUCGUCUACGUGGUGGAAUGCAAAUCUUUGUCAAAACCCUGACGGGAAAAACUAUCACGUUGGAAGUUGAGGCAUCAGAUACGAUCGAAAAUGUCAAAGCAAAAAUUCAAGACAAGGAAGGAAUCCCUCCAGAUCAGCAGAGAUUAAUUUUCGCCGGAAAACAGCUUGAAGACGGCCGCACACUUUCUGACUACAACAUCCAGAAGGAAUCGACAUUGCAUUUGGUUCUCCGUUUACGUGGUGGUAUGCAAAUUUUUGUCAAAACGCUCACCGGCAAAACAAUCACUCUGGAAGUUGAGGCAUCCGACACGAUUGAAAACGUGAAAGCUAAAAUUCAAGACAAAGAAGGAAUCCCUCCAGAUCAGCAGAGAUUAAUUUUCGCCGGAAAACAGCUUGAAGACGGCCGCACACUUUCUGACUACAACAUCCAGAAGGAAUCGACAUUGCAUUUGGUUCUCCGUUUACGUGGUGGUAUGCAAAUUUUUGUCAAAACGCUCACCGGCAAAACAAUCACUCUGGAAGUUGAGGCAUCCGACACGAUUGAAAACGUGAAAGCUAAAAUUCAAGACAAAGAAGGAAUCCCUCCAGAUCAGCAGAGAUUAAUUUUCGCCGGAAAACAGCUUGAAGACGGCCGCACACUUUCUGACUACAACAUCCAGAAGGAAUCGACAUUGCAUUUGGUUCUCCGUUUACGUGGUGGUAUGCAAAUUUUUGUCAAAACGCUCACCGGCAAAACAAUCACUCUGGAAGUUGAGGCAUCCGACACGAUUGAAAACGUGAAAGCUAAAAUUCAAGACAAAGAAGGAAUCCCUCCAGAUCAGCAGAGAUUAAUUUUCGCCGGAAAACAGCUUGAAGACGGCCGCACACUUUCUGACUACAACAUCCAGAAGGAAUCUACAUUGCAUUUGGUUCUCCGUUUACGUGGUGGUAUGCAAAUUUUUGUCAAAACACUCACCGGCAAAACAAUCACUCUGGAAGUCGAAGCAUCGGACACGAUUGAAAACGUGAAAGCUAAAAUUCAGGACAAAGAAGGAAUCCCUCCAGAUCAGCAGAGAUUGAUCUUUGCCGGAAAACAGCUUGAAGACGGCCGCACGCUUUCUGAUUAUAACAUUCAGAAGGAAUCUACCCUGCAUUUGGUUUUGAGACUUCGCGGUGGUAUGCAGAUUUUCGUCAAGACUCUCACUGGUAAAACUAUCACAUUGGAGGUCGAAGCGUCUGACACGAUCGAGAACGUGAAAGCGAAAAUUCAAGAUAAAGAAGGCAUUCCUCCCGAUCAACAAAGACUGAUUUUCGCGGGCAAACAGCUGGAGGAUGGACGGACUUUGUCCGACUACAAUAUUCAAAAAGAAUCUACACUUCACCUUGUACUUCGACUUAGAGGCGGAAAUGUCUGAUUCCACAAUUGUGAUCUCUGCUAAAGCUUCGCGUUGUAUUAAAUCGUUUAAUUACAAUAUAUUCUAGUAUGAAUUUUUUAUUUUAUUAAUUCGCACAUGCAAAUUUUUCGUACAGAAUCUUGACGAAUAAAGGAAAAUUAAUUUCA